AAACCCAUGUGGAUUUCUUAGGUUAUAAAUCUGUUGACAACGGUUCACCGAGACUGAGAUCUUUACUAAACUAAUUUGUAUUUACUAAGUGUCGUCAUGAAGAGGUUAUCAGAGCAAAGGAAUAAAAUUCUCUUCGAGAAACUAGCGAAAUAUGUUGGACCCAAUGUGAAGGUAUUAAUCGAGAGACCCGAUGGCAAUUACUGCUUUCGCGAGAAAAAGGACAGGGUUUAUUAUUUGUCCGAGAAGCUGAUGAAGUUGUCGGACACUUUCACCCAGCAACAGUUGGUCUGCGCUGGCACCUGCAUAGGGAAAUUCACGAAAUCCAACAAAUUCAUCCUUCAGAUCACAGCUCUCAAUUAUUUGGCGCCAUACGCGCAAUGUAAGAUGUGGUUGAAAUCUUCAGCCGAGCAGCAGUUCUUGUACGGGCAGCAUGUGACCAAAGGAGGCAUGGGCAGAAUUAGUGAAAACACUGAGAAGUACAGCGGUGUCGUUGUUUACAGCAUGGAAGACUUACCAUUAGGUUUUGGUGUUGCUUCGCUAUCGACUGCAGAAUGCAAGCAUGCUGAUCCAAUGGCAACAGUUGCAUUCCAUCAAUGCGAUAUCGGUGAAUAUAUCCGUUCAGAAAAGGACUUAUUAUAAUUUAUGUAAUGUUAAGUAUUUUUUUUUUGUACAAUAAACUUUAGUUUAAGAAUUCGUCUUUUACAUAGUUUUGAAUGAAUGAAUGUUCUUUUUUUGUAAUUUUAAGUCGGUAAACAAGAAAAAUAGUUGUCUCGCAUUCCCGAAACGUGACUUGCUGCGGUAUUUUCGUUCGUUAUCCUGUGAAUACGUGAAAUUACGAAAUUUUCCAGGUGGAAGAACUUUGGUAUAUAAACCGUGGUUGGGGUUCGGUUUGAGCAUCAAUAGCAACAACAUUCAACAUGAAGUGUAUUGUACUUUUCGCCGUCGUCGCGUUCUGCGUGAUCCUGUACUCUUCGGAGUCUUCAGCUUCGCUCAGUAAGCAGGAGAAGUUGGGCAAGAAGAAGCCGGACGAUAAACCCAAGCCUGAACCGGAACCAGAAGCUGAGGCUGAACCGUGCAAAGGUGGUAAAGGAGGUAAAUCCGAACCAGAACCUGAACCGUAUGGCAAAGGAGGCAAAUCCGAACCGGAACCACACCGCAAUGGAAAAUACGGUGGAUAUUAAAACUGAUGUUGUAGACGAUUUUUGUUAUGAUUCAAAUGGGAAAUUAUGAAUAAAAUUAUGCAUUGCA